AUGCCAUCACCGGUAUUAGCUCAUUACAAUCUUACUGCGGAAACUAAAGUCGUAGUAGAUGCAUCGCCAUGGGCACUGGGUGCCGUACUUCUCCAGAAACAAGCGGACGACAAUUAUCGACCAAUCGCGUAUGGUAGCAGAUCGCUAACAGAUGUCGAACAGAAGUAUGGUCACAUAGAGAAAGAAGGAUUAGCAAUCGUAUUCGGAUGUGAACGCUUUCACAUGUACCUAUAUGGACGUAGUUUUGAAUUGGAGACAGAUCACCGACCUUUAGAGCAUAUCUACAAGGCAAAGCUUCAAAGCAAACCAACAUCAGCCAGACUCGAAAGAUGGAGACUUCGACUCCAAGAGUACGACUUCCACGUUAUCUGCCGACCUGGCGCAUCCAAUCUGGCCGAUCCUUUGUCCCGACUCCCGAAAGAUGGAAAAGAUGGAAGCAAGAGGAGAAACAUGGAAGCUUGCGCUGAUCGAUAUGUUCAUUACAUGACACAAGCUCAGACACCGAAUGCCAUGAAAUUAGAAGAAAUACAAAGAGAAACAGCAGAUCCGGAACUCCAGCAGAUUAAACAGAACUUGCAAAAUAAUCAAGUAUACAAACUUCCGAAAGCAUAUAAGCUCAUCGCUCAUGAGCUCUGCACACAGAUCAAGAUAUCUUACUUCGGGGUGAUCGCAUUGUUCUUCGGCUAA